AACCAGCCAAACAUCGUCGUCGCCGUCGCCGUCGCCACAGGAGACCCUCGUGCCCCUCCGUCCGGUAAUACGGAAACGAAAAAUCCAAUAAAAUAAAUGUAUGUGAGAAUUGUUCGUGGUUGGUCGCGUGCAGGACUUAACUCGCAGGCGGCAGCUGUCCAGGCUUAGUUAACAUUUUGCAUUCGAGCGGCGCUGUUGCCAACGGGUCAGGUCCUUUUAAAUGUCCACACGACAAGCUCUCAAUCCGCGCGCCAAUGUAUUCAUAUUGGUCAAUCUGGGCUGUGAGGCGUUGUACGUAAUUGACCAGCGCCUGAGGGCGCAGCAAAUUGCGGCCGACAAAUCCAAUCAAGUUAUUCACGAUGUGACGUCAGUGCUGUUGGAGCCCAAGUUCAUUGAAUCCCUUAUCAAUGGAUCCAUGCACGGUAACGCACAGCUGCUGACCGCGGAUCACUGCAAGUUCAUGUUGAAGGACAUAACCACCUGUUCCCUGAUGCGCCUCGACGAAACGUCCAUGGAGAAGCUGUGGAAUCUGAUGACCAUGAUGUACAAGUGGCAGCUGUUCGUCUCGCGCCACCAGCACCAUUUGCUGGACAUAACGUUCCGUCACUUGGAUGCCAUUAACAGGUUGUAUCCCGAUGCGAAGCGGAAUAUGCUCAUCGAUUUUGGCAAGAAUAUGUUGCUGGAUUUUUGGAAUGCCUGCGGCGAGCAACAACAGUUGUCCAUUUAUCGCACAAACAGGGCCUGGCUGCAAUGCUUCAAUACAAAGAUAUCGCUGCUGAUUCGGCUUGGCUUUCAGGCCAUGGAUGGCAGUUUUUUGGCCGAAGUAGAUCAGAAACAUUAUCAGGAAUAUGCCCAAUGCAUUGGGGACAAUAUCUACAUUAAAAGCAGCGAAUUGGCGCAGCAGCAGCAACAGCAACGGGAGCCCAAUCGCAUAGAUCAACUGGCAGCGCAGCUCAACAUUAAUCCGUCGUCGCAGCCAACCGGCGAGGAUUUGCAGCCCAUGGAUGCACGCCAAGUCCAGAGGCAGUUCGAGCAAACAUUCUCCAGCAUUUUGUUUACAGACACGGAUAGUAAUGCGGCGGCAGCAACGUCACAGGCGCAGCGUAAUCCCAAUGCCUCCGGCUGUGAAUUUGUCCAGCUGCUGACUGGCAACAGUAAAGCAGACGAUGAGGUGGUCAACACAGCGAGUCGCAACGGGGGCGUGCUUAAACAGCAGUUGCUCGAUUUGUACAGCAAAAUAGCCUGAAAAAGCUGUGUA